GACGAGUUGUCACUCACUUUUAUAUCCGAACUCAAACUGCUAAGAUCACAGAAUAUAUACUUGAAAUAUCAUAUAAUGUCGUGCCUGACGCUGAAGCGCCCCCUUACAUUUGAGGAGGAUUUCGCGGACAACGUUCCCCUUAAACGAAGACGCUUGCAGAUCCAGAUAAAUAACACUGCACCGGAACCGAAGCCGAAAGCCACCCGAUCGGAUAAGGUCCCUGAUGAUAUUCAAGAGUCCUUGAAGUACUUGCCCCCUCUGCCAGACAUGGACUCAAGUGACUCGGAGAUGGAAAUCCAGACCGCCUCCGCCAACAGCUCGCCAGUCAGGGUGAAGGCCUCCGAGGAUGUUCCGAGGAACUUGUUCACCACCAAGCAACUCUACUCGAUGUGCCGGAGCAUGAUCGAACAGAGCGAGGGUCGUUUACGGGAGGAAUACGAGCAGGUGCUCACCCAGAAGAUGGCUGAGCAGUAUGAUACCUUCAUCAAAUUCACCCACGAUCAGAUGUACCGGGACAACGGACAGUGUUCUAGUUAUUUGAAGUAAAAAAUUUUUUCGAUCGUUGUAUUUGUUGCCUAAAAUAAAUAUUUAUUUUUCUGAAU